CGGGGCUAGUACCAGGAAGCGCUGUGGGGAGAGGAGCGGAGUUGAGACUGAAACCAGGAUGGUGGCGUCCUCGUCCUCGCUGAAGCUUCAGGAUCUAAUCCAGGAGAUUCGUGAGGCCAAGACCCAGGCCCAGGAGCGGGAGGUGAUCCAAAAGGAGUGCGCCCACAUCCGGGCCUCCUUCCGCGAUGGGGACCCUCUGCACAGGCACCGCCAGCUGGCCAAACUGCUCUACGUCCACCUGUUAGGCUACCCCGCCCACUUUGGACAGGUACUGGGCAGGGACGCCUCCCUUCUAAGUUUGAUGAGAGAAGCUAGUGGAGCACCGUCUCGGACCCCCUCACCUAUUUGUGCCCCGAUUUCUUUAUUCUACAAAGUUUCUGAGCCCUCACAGUAUGCACCGCAGACCUCCUUCCGCAGUAUAACCCCAGCUGGUCAUCAGCUGGACUGAACCCUUCAUUCUCUGGCCAGCGCCAUUCAGGGCACUUCCUCCUCUCUUCCCACCCUCCUGUUUCCUUGAAACCACCCACUAACUGAAUCUCCUAGACCUCUCUUCUUGUUGACGGGAGGGUCAUGGGAUAUGCUGCCCUCACAGAUUAAUCUGGUGUAAAGGAGGAAGAUGGAAAAGGGACGUUAGUGCCUCUGGUUUCACCCCUGCCCCUUCCUGGUCUGACCCCUUCCCUGUAGAUGGAGUGCCUGAAACUGAUCGCCUCCCCCAGGUUCACAGACAAGAGGGUGGGCUACCUGGGGGCCAUGCUUCUACUGGAUGAGAGGCAGGAUGCCCACCUGCUCAUUACCAACAGCAUCAAGAAGUGAGAGAGUUCUGGGAAGCACUUGGAAUCAGGGAGAUGGGAGAGUGGGGAACUGGGAAAUCCCAGGGGGUUGCCUGCUGUAGGUACUGGGAAGGGCUGGAUUUUUCUGAGGCUUGACUGACCAUCCUCCCAAAACUGUGCAGUGACCUGAGCCAAGGGAUUCAGGCUGUACAAGGCCUGGCCCUGUGCACUCUGAGUGCCACGGGCUCUGCUGAGAUGUGCCGGGACUUGGCCACUGAGGUGGAGAAACUGCUCCUGCAGCGUAGCGCCUAUGUGCGCAAGAAGGCUGUUCUGACUGCAGUGCACAUGAUCCGGAAGGUCCCUGAGCUCUCCGACAUCUUCCUCCCACCCUGUGCCCAGCUGCUUCACGAACACCACCACGGCAUCCUGCUGGGCACCAUCACGCUGAUCACGGAACUCUGCGAACGAAGACCUGCAGCCCUCAAGCACUUUCGAAAGAUGGUGCCCCAGCUGGUGCACAUCCUCCAGACUCUGGUGACGACAGGAUACUCCACAGAACACAGCAUAUCUGGAGUCAGCGACCCCUUCCUGCAGGUCCAGAUACUUCGUCUGCUUCGGAUUCUGGGCCGGAACCACGAGGAGAGCAGUGACACCAUGAAUGACUUGCUGGCCCAGGUAGCCACGAACACAGACACCAGCCGAAAUGCGGGCAACGCGGUCCUGUUUGAGACGGUGCUCACCAUCAUGGACAUUCGCUCUGCAGCAGGCCUGCGGGUUCUAGCUGUCAACAUUCUUGGCCGCUUCCUGCUCAACAGUGACAGGAACAUUAGGUACGUAGCCCUGACGUCCUUGCUGAGGCUGGUGCAGUCUAAUCACAGUGCUGUGCAGCGGCACCGCCCCACCGUGGUGGAAUGUCUGCGGGAACCUGAUGGCUCCCUCAGCCGGCGGGCCUUGGAACUAAGCCUGGCUCUGGUGAAUAGCUCCAACGUGCAAGCCAUGACACAGGAGCUGCAGGGUUUUCUGGAGUCCUGCCCCCCUGAUCUACAGGCCAACUGUGCCUCAGGCAUCCUGCUGGCAGCAGAGAGGUUUGCCCCAACCAAGCGGUGGCACAUAGACACCACCCUACGUGUGCUGAUGACGGCAGGCACCCAUGUGCGUGAUGAUGCAGUGGCCAACCUGACCCAGCUGAUUGGGGGCGCCCAGGAGCUCCAUGCCUACUCUGUGCGCCGUCUCUACAGCGCCCUGGCUGAGGACAUCUCCCAGCAACCGCUGGUGCAGGUGGCAACCUGGUGCAUCGGGGAAUACGGGGACCUCCUGCUGGAAGGAAGCUGUGAGGAAACUGAGCCCCUGCAGGUGAAGGAAGAGGAGGUGUUGGCACUGCUGGAAAGGGUGCUGCAGUCCCAUAUGUCCCUGCCGGCAACCCGAGGAUAUGCCCUCACAGCCCUCGUGAAGCUCAGCACCCGGCUCCGUGGGGACAACAACCGCAUCCGCCAGGUUGUGUCCAUCUACAGGAGCUGCCUGGACGUGGAGUUGCAGCAGCGGGCGGUGGAGUAUAACACCCUCUUCCGGAAGUAUGACCACAUGAGGGCUGCCAUCCUGGAAAAGAUACCUCUUGUGGAGCGAGGUGGCUGUCAGGUUGAUGAGGAAGCAAAGGAAAGCAAAGAAACAGCCCAGCUUUCGGAAGCAGCCCCCGUCCCCACAGAACCCCAGGCCUCAAAGCUCUUGGAUCUGUUAGAUCUCCUGGAUGGCCCAUCUGGGGACGCCCAGCACCCUCCCCCUCUGGAUCCCACCCCAGGAGGCACUUUGAUACACCUCCUCAACCUUCCCUGUGCUCCCCCACCCCCUGCUCCCAUCCCAAAUCUCAAAGUGUUUGAGCGCGAAGGACUACAGCUGAAUCUUUCUUUCGUUCGACCCCCUGGAACCCCUACUUUGCUGUUAAUCACUGUCACUGCCACCAACACCUCAGGGGGUGAUGUCACCCACUUCAUCUGCCAGGCCGCUGUGCCCAAGGGUUUCCAGCUGCAGCUACAGGCUCCCAGCGGGGACACAGUUCCAGCGCAGGGUGGCCUUCCAAUGACCCAGCUCCUCAGAAUCCUCAAUCCUAAGAAGGCCCCCUUGCGGCUGAAGCUGCGCCUCACCUACAACCACUUUGGCCAGUCGGUGCAGGAGAUCUUUGAGGUGAACAACUUGCCUGUGGAGACGUGGCAGUAACUCGGCCUCCACUCACAGCCUGAAAUCCUCCUGUGUCCCCAAACCCAGGGGAGCCCUAUCUGAGGACAACCAGCAGGUGGCACUCUGGUCCUGUACUUGCCACUGGGGUGGGGGGGCUGCCCCCAGCCCUACAAAUAGUGAAAGCCCAAUAAAGCCUGAGGGGGGAAGCCAUA